CCGGCAGGCUCGUGGGCUUGCUCGCCCCGCCCCUCAGUGCCGCCGCUGGGCGCUUGCGCGGGGCGUGUGGCCGUGGCCGGGGUCUCCGCUGCAGCCCGAGCUGCCGCCGCCGCCUCAGUCAGUCAGUCCCCAGCAAUGGCGGAAGGAGGUGAGCGAGAAGACCUGCUCUCGCCGCCGCCCGUCUCUCCGGCCAAACGGCUGUGCUCUUGGCCCAGCCCGCAGGCUCACCUUCCGCGGGGUUCGCCAGGGACGGCCGGCGGAGGCGUGGGGGGCGUCGGCAGCAGCUGCCUGGCCUCUGGGGCCCGCCCCCACCUGCAGCCCGAGUCCUUGCUGGACUGCGCCGCCAAGACGGUGGCGGAAAAGUGGGCGUACGAGCGGGUGGAGGAGCGCUUCGAGCGGAUACCGGAGCCCGUGCAGCGCCGCAUCGUUUACUGGUCCUUCCCACGGAAUGAGCGGGAGAUCUGCAUGUACUCCAGCUUCCAGUACCGGGGCGGCCCCGGCGCCGGCGCGACCGGCGGCGCCGCGGGGGCUUCGCCGGCUGAGGAGGGGCUGCCGCCACUCCCCGGGACCGCCGCUCCGGCUGCCGGCUCCGCCCCCGGGACCGCCGCGGCGGGGGCGUCCUCGGGGCUGGGCUCUGGGGCUGGCGCCGCGGGCGGCGGCGAGGGGCUGCCGUUCCGCCGGGGCAUCCGUCUGCUGGACAGCGGCUCCGUAGAGAACGUGCUACAAGUCGGUUUUCAUCUGAGUGGUACAGUGACCGAGCCAGCCACUGCUUCUGAACCAGCAAUGACGUACAAAGUUGCAAUCAGUUUUGAUCGAUGCAAAAUAACUUCAGUGACAUGUGGCUGUGGAAACAAGGACAUAUUCUACUGUGCACAUGUGGUAGCCCUCUCACUAUAUAGAAUCCGUAAACCAGACCAAGUCAAAUUACGUCUUCCUAUCUCGGAAACCCUUUUCCAGAUGAAUAGGGACCAGCUACAGAAGUUUAUUCAGUAUUUAAUUACAGCACACCACACUGAAGUCCUUCCAACUGCACAGAAACUGGCUGAUGAAAUUCUUUCCUCCAACUCAGAAAUCAAUCAAGUGAAUGGUGCCCCUGACCCAACAGCAGGGGCAAGCAUUGAUGAUGAGAACUGUUGGCAUUUGGAUGAAGAACAGGUGAAAGAACAAGUGAAGCUCUUUCUCUCCCAGGGGGGUUACUAUGGCUCUGGAAAGCAACUCAACUCAAUGUUUGCCAAGGUUCGAGAGAUGCUGCGGAUGAGAGAUUCCAAUGGAGCCAGGAUGCUGACGCUUAUAACUGAGCAGUUUAUGGCUGACCCACGGCUCACACUCUGGAGGCAGCAAGGAACAAGCAUGACAGACAAGUGCAGGCAGCUCUGGGAUGAGCUAGGAGCUUUAUGGGUGUGCAUAAUUUUAAAUCCACACUGCAAAGUGGAAGAAAAAUCUUGUUGGCUGCAGCAACUACAGAAGUGGAGCGACCUGGAUGUCUGUCCCCUGGAAGAUGGGAAUUAUGGCCAUGAGCUGCCCAACAUCACCAAUGCACUUCCCCAGAAUGUCAGUCACAGUACAGACUCUUUAUCCAGACCAAGAAGAACAGUGUUCUCUAGAGCCAUUGAGGGUCGUGAAUUACACUGGCAGGAUAGCCACCUACAACGAAUAAUCAGCAGUGAUAUAUAUACAGCUCCUGCCUGCCAACGAGAAAGCGAGCGACUACUCUUUAAUUCGCAUGGCCAGCCACUGUGGCUUGAGCAUGUGCCUACAGCUUGUGCUCGGGUUGAUGCCCUGCGUUCUCAUGGUUAUCCAAAAGAGGCUCUCAGACUCACGGUGGCCAUUAUUAAUACUCUGAGAUUGCAGCAACAACGGCAACUGGAAAUCUACAAGCAUCAGAAGAAAGAACUGUUGCAGAGAGGAACUACAACCAUCACAAACCUAGAGGGCUGGGUGGGCCACCCUCUGGAUCCUAUUGGCUGCCUGUUUCUCACAUUGACUGAAGCCUGCCGCCUCAAUGAUGAUGGCUAUAUGGAAGUGUCAGAUAUGAAUGAAAGCAGACUCCCUGUAUACCAACAUGUACCUGUGGCUGCAGGCUGCACAAAUAGCAGUGAGUCCUACCUGUCAUUAGCCCUGGAAGUUGCUCUGAUGGGUAUGGGUCAACAGAGGGUAAUGCCUGAAGGCCUGUACGCACAGGACAAAGUAUGCCGUAAUGAGGAACAUCUCCUAAACCAUCUCCAGGAGCUGCAGCUGGAUGAUGAGCUAGUACAAACACUGCGGAAACAGUGCAUCUUAUUACUAGAAGGAGGCCCUUUCAGUGGUCUUGGAGAAAUCAUCCACCGAGAGAGUGUUCCCAUGCAUACAUUUGCCAAGUAUUUGUUCUCGGCUUUGCUGCCUUAUGAUCCAGAUCUGUCCUAUAAAUUAGCUUUGCGUGCCAUGAGGUUACCUGUUCUAGAAAACUCAGCUUCUGCUGCUGAUACUUCUCACCCUCAUCAUAUGGUGUCUGUGGUGCCCAGCCGUUAUCCUCGCUGGUUCACUCUUGGACACUUGGAAUCACAGCAGUGUGAACUGGCCUCCACCAUGCUGACUGCCGCCAAAGGGGACACUCGAAGACUCCGGACUAUUUUGGAAGCAAUACAGAAACACAUCCAUUCUUCCUCCCUCAUCUUCAAACUAGCCCAAGAUGCAUUUAAGAUUGCUACUCCCACGGACAAUAGUACAGACAGCACCCUGCUCAAUGUGGCCCUCGAGCUGGGAUUACAGGUGAUGCGGAUGACCUUGUCAACUCUUAACUGGAGGCGCAGGGAGAUGGUGCGAUGGUUGGUAACCUGUGCUACUGAAGUGGGUGUACGGGCCCUCGUGAGCAUCUUGCAGAGCUGGUACACACUCUUCACUCCUACUGAGGCUACUAGUAUUGUAGCUGCCACUGCUGUAUCCCACACCACUAUCCUGCGCCUCAGUCUUGACUACCCACAGCGGGAGGAACUGGCCAGCUGUGCUCGCACACUGGCCCUGCAGUGUGCUAUGAAGGAUCCACAAAGCUGUGCUUUGUCAGCUCUUACACUCUGUGAGAAAGACCACAUCGCCUUUGAGGCAGCCUACCAGAUUGCCAUUGAUGCUGCUGCUGGUGGCAUGACCCAUUCACAGCUGUUCACCAUUGCCCGCUACAUGGAGCUCCGUGGCUACCCGCUACGUGCCUUCAAGUUGGCUUCACUGGCCAUGAGCCAUCUGAACUUAGCCUACAACCAGGAUACCCACCCAGCCAUCAAUGAUGUGCUCUGGGCUUGUGCCCUUAGCCACUCUCUGGGCAAGAACGAGUUGGCAGCUCUCAUUCCUCUGGUGGUGAAGAGUGUACACUGUGCCACAGUGCUUUCAGACAUCUUGCGGCGUUGCACAGUGACUGCACCUGGUCUGGCUGGCAUUCCAGGCCGCCGAAGCUCUGGAAAGCUCAUGUCAACUGACAAAGCUCCAUUGCGCCAGCUGCUAGAUGCCACCAUCAAUGCCUACAUCAACACUACACAUUCACGCUUAACACACAUCAGCCCCCGCCACUAUGGAGAGUUUAUUGAAUUUCUGAGCAAGGCUCGGGAGACCUUCCUGCUGCCCCAAGAUGGCCACUUGCAAUUUGCCCAGUUCAUUGACAAUCUCAAACAGAUUUACAAAGGCAAGAAGAAACUGAUGCUACUAGUCCGAGAGCGCUUUGGUUGAAAGAGCAGAGAGCUCACUGCCAGAGCAGCCUGGGCUCCCAGCUACCAUCAAGUCAGGCCAAGGACACUGAAACAUUUGUCCACCCUGAGAGGACUCUGACCACCUGUGGCUGAGGCCACAGGACCACAGGCUAAGGAUGGGGAGAGUCCAACUUUAGCUAAUACACCUGCCUUGGCAAGCUUCUCAUUACAGCCCACUGUUCUGAAGGAGCUGGGCCCUGCAGAUUGACGGGAAAUCCCACAACAUGCCACCUCAUACCCCUAUAUCCUGUGUGUCCUGGGCACUGGCCCUCUCUCCAUUGGCAAACACAGAACACUGUUUCAUCUCAGGGAUUGCUUAACCAGAGAAACAGAAGCAUUUAUGAUACUGUAAAUAGUAUAGCAAAUGUGUUGCCAAUUAUUGUAAAGUUGUAACUAUUUAUAAUUCUGAUUGAUUUGAUAGGCACUUAACAUAGUUGGGUGGGAGGAUAGGCUUGUUGUCUGAGGAGACUCACAACCAUUUCUCAGGUUUCCCUUACAGAGUUUAUACUGUUGGCAAUAGACAAGUGGGGGUAGUGGGAGAAGUGGCCAAUUACAAUAAAUCCCCAAGUCUUGUCUAUGCAGAAACCCUAACCUGUAUACAGGGCAUCCAAAGUCCAGUGAUUGAUCAGGAGCAGAGGCCAAGACUGGACUUAGAUUUCUGCCUCAUAAAGUGGUGAGAACACUGAAGCUCCUGUUCCUGCCUCAACAGCUUCUCCAGGAGCCUGCUCAAUACUGAAUAACAAAUACAGGGAAAAGAUGAAGGUCAGGGGAGCUACAACUCAUAAUAGCUAUCUGCUCUGAUUAUUGUCAUGUUAGUAUAUAUUUUCAUCUCUACUUCCAUGUGUGUAUAUCUGUAAGUACAUUUGUCUAUGUGCAGAUAUAUACAUGUGCCUGUGUCAUGUGUGUGUUGGUGUGGGUUUCUGUGUGUUUGCUGUUUCCUUCCCAUGAUUUCAUGGGCACAUAGGAAUGUGUGGAUAUAUUCAUGUUUGUCUGUGUGUAUGCCUGCUAUCCAUCUAUCUGUCUAUGUAUGUGCCCAAGUUAUUUCUGCAUGUAGGUACAUCUGUGUAUUCAUGUUGGAAGAAUGGCGGCAUGAAGGUGGCCCUCUUUGCCAGAUCUCAUUUAUCUCAUCCUCUCUCACCAGUUAGACUUUUGCGCCCCAUCCCUGUGCUUCCACUAUUCCCCUUCUUUCUAGUUAGACAAGAUUCUAAGCACGUCUCUUGCCCUGAAAUUGGAUGCUUCAGCUUCACAGCUCUCACCUAUACUCACCGUUUUCCCCUGCCUUUCUACCUCAAGCUUCCUGUACCUGCUUUGUCACAGUCCCUUGGAUGCUGAUUUGGAGGCUGAGGCUGGUAUACCUUUGGCCUUUCCCUUCCUAGUUUCUGGCCCUGGUGGGCAACCUGCCUCAGUCCUAGCUGACCUCCACAGUGUCAUCAUGUCCCUACUACCUUCCUGACCCCUACGCUCAGCCUGAAAUUGUUAUAGAAGGUAGCAAUGGGCACUCAGAAGAGCCAAUUGAGUAUCAGUGUCUUGGUGUUUACUGUUUUGUGUCUUAGUUCUGGAGUUGGGAUAGGGUUUGAUAGGAAAGGGGUUGUAUAGCUUAGAGUGUGAACUAAGGACUUCUCUGCUUUAUUUUCCUCUUUGGCAAACUGUUUAUGUCAUUUUUCUUUUUUUACUUUAAAUUGACCAAUAUGUUGUAUUGCCUACUUGUAGCUACUAAAGUCUUGCUCUAGGGCCCAUAUAACAUCUCAGCCCAGUGAGUUGGUUAAAAAAAAAAAAGCAGCUGCCACUCCCACUUCUGUAUUACAAAGGUCCUUUUAUAGCAAGUGUGCAAAUUCACAGUGAUUUUCUAUGAAUAAAUCAUGGAUCACAGAAAAGA